AGAAACGAAGGUGCAUGAACGGACUUGCAACGAACCUCGGCAUCUCUCGGCACCACCAAAGCUCCUCCUUUGCGGCCGUAUGAUGCACUCGAUAUUCCAACCACCAGGUACGCGAAGUGAACCGCCCGAAUAAAAGUCUUGGUAAAGGACAACAGUGGACGAUACUUAAGCCAAGGUGUGGGACUGCUCGGAGGAAAGGUGGCAUAUCUCUCUCUUGCUUCUUCGCCCUUUCUGUUUUCUCCAUUUAACGACCCUGGAUCAUACCUACAUCUUACAGCCCGCAAUAAUGGCAUCAACAUACAAUUACGAGUACUUCAACGUUACAUUCCCUAGGGAAUAUGUCGCGCAGGUCGAGAUCAACAGGCCUCAGAAGAUGAAUGCCUUCAAUGAAACAAUGUGGAAGGGCAUCGGUCAGAUCUUCGAACGUCUAUCGCAUGACCAGGACGUCCGCUGCGUGGUCUUGACCAGCGCAGGCGACAGAGCCUUCUCAGCAGGUCUGGAUGUGCAAUCAGCAUCAGAAACCGGGGUCUUGUCAGGGAACGAUGGACUUGAUGCUGCAAGAGUAGCACAGCGUCUACGCCACCAUAUCGAUGAAUUUCAAGCAAGCAUCAGUCAAAUCGAGAAAUGCGAGAAGCCCGUGAUAGCAGUGCUACAUGGAGUAUCCUUCGGCCUUGCACUAGAUAUGACUCUCUGCGCUGACAUCCGCAUCUGUGUCUCCACCACCCGCUUCGCAGUCAAGGAGGUCGACAUCGGUCUCGCAGCAGACAUUGGCACUCUUACUCGUCUACCGAAAGCUAACAUCCCCAUGUCAUUCAUCAAAGACGUCGCCUUGACAGCCAGGAUAUUCUCUGCCAAGGAGGCUUUGGCAGUGGGUAUUGUUUCUGCAAUCUACGACACAAAGGCCGAGGCUCUGAGCAAAGCGGUCGAGAAGGCAGAGUUGAUUGCUAGCAAGAGCCCGGUAGCUAUCAUGGGUACGAAGGAAGUCUUGAACUUCUCAAGGGAUCACUCGGUGCAGGAUGGUCUGAGAUAUGUGUCAGUCUGGAAUGCGGCAUACUGCAAUACUGCAGAUGUCACCGACUCGUUGACAGCUGGCAUACAGAAGACGAAGCCCAGAUACGCAAAGCUUUGAGGAAGUGUACGAUGACAGGGGAUGUAAUGCAAGAAGAGAACAGUAUUCGCUGUUAGAUGUAAACGAUUCAUGGCCCUACCCAGCAUCAUGACUUCGAAGUAUAUGUACAAUGGUUUAUUUUUCUUCAUAUUCUCGCAACGCAGGGUAUCGAAGUGGAGUGUAAGAGCGCGAAUAAGCAUGAAUCUACGACAGUCGUCUGAGAGCAGCGGAACUGUUCUCGAGGCCAUCCUCGAAGCCAAUGGCUCUCGCAAGGCUGACUGCUUCCUUGUAGCGCUUCUUCGCCUCCAUGAUGUCUUUGUUCAACUCGGCG